CAUAUACUGCUAAUUAAUUCACAUAUGUGAUUAUUUUGCUCAAAAGAAGUUCAUCUUUUAUAUCAGAUAGUCUUCAUCAUACCUUUUUAUUGGCAUUAGCAACUGGCUUAAGUAACUAUGGCAAGAUCUUGUGUAAUUCUCAAUGAUAAUAAUGAUGAAAGUAAAAUGAUAGUUUUUUGCCUUCACGGCUACACAACUAGAGUUUUAUGAUUCGGUACGAACUGACAAUGGUGUGUGCUUUCAUACCAUGUGGUGUCCUGAUCUAACCCAUCGGCAUAACUGAAGUUUAGGAUUAGAAUAUCUUAUGGGUGAAGUACAUAUUUUAUGUAUUAGUAAUUUAGUGGUACUUAGUAAAACUUGGAUGAGGAGGGGUCAAUUGCCCUUUAUCGAGCAUUUUUCUUUUUAGCAUCAAGAUGAUGAAGAAAAUGUGAAAAUGAGGAAUCCCGCCUUGGCUGAGUCCUCAAAGUUCACCAACUGGUUUCUCAAUGAAGAAAAGAAGCCUGUUGAAAAUAUUUCAUCGAAGGACUUGCUCUCUUUGACUGCUAGUAAAGAGAAGACAACUUCACUGAGGUUUCUGAUGCCAAUUUCCCACUGUUCAACAAACCAGAUUUGCCUUUUGUAGAACAUGGAAGUAUUAAGAAGUACCUCAAGUUUUCUGACUAUUGGAAUCCCUGAGCCGCUCUAUUGCAAUGAUGGCAAUGAUUUAAGUCUGGUGUAGUCACUUGUUAAGAUCUUGAACAACUCAUCUUGGAUGAGGUCAAAGAUAGUAACUCAGGACCAGAGCAUUUUCAGGAACCUCAGAUGGAGUUGGAUUUUAGAUUGGUGGGGCAAAAAACCAUUAUGGAUGAGUACACGUCAAAACACCUUCUUUCUUUGCUGUACAAGCUAGGGCCUUCAUCUUCCAUUAUGGAUGUGAUGGGAUCAUCCGUCAACAUGAUUGAUUAUCUUCCUGAUACUACUUCUAUUACAAAUUUCAAAAUGGGUGCAUUAUUUGGAGCAGCAUUAAUGGAUGAGUUGCAUUUGGUGCAAGCUCCUCUCUUAGUUCAGAGAGAUCCCAUUGCCAGGAUCAGUGGUUCCAAUAUUCAUCAGUCUCUUGAAUCACAACUUCAUACUUAUCUUGUUCUUACCCCUACCCAUAGUCUAAACAACCGAAGAAACUAGACAAUGUGGAAGCUUCUAAUUGCAGUCAAGAAGAAAGAACUGAUAAAGGUCUAGGCCUUUGGGUUGGUGGAUACAACUCAUUUCCUGGUGGUUCCAAAUAUCGUCGCAUGGUUUUUGGAGAUGCAGCUGUUUCAGUUCACCUUCCUAAGUAAGGUGUAAUUAUGCUUGGUGAUUUGUUGAACUUUGUUACUUCUGACUCUGGCAAGAUUGUAAAUAGAGACAAUGAGCCACUUGAAUUGAAUCCUGAACAGCUUCAAGAUAAGAUGUUUAAGACUAUCAAUAAAGACUCUGGACAUGCUGGGCGAGUUAAUUCACUACGACCAGCUUUUAUAAAUGGCCCUUCUGACUUAGUUGACUUGGAUAAGCUUUAUGAGGCCAGGUGUCUACUCAAUUUCCAUGUCCAUUGAAUUACAUGAGAUCUUUGUUUCCUGGAAUGGAUCAAAACACCAGUUUGAAUUCUCAGAUGAAAUUGAUGGGUCCAGAAAGCAACCAUCCUGAUCCUCACCAUCCAUAUCCUAUAAAAGCUUGCCCUCAACAUGAUGUGCUCCGUUCUAAUGGGCCACAGUUUGAUUCCAUAACAUGCCAUUCAACAUUUCAGCACAUGCCUUCUCCAGAAAAUUGGUCCACAUAUUACUCUUUUCAGGGCUUGCCGAGAGGUUUACUACUAUCUUUUCCAAUGAAUCGCAUGCCUGAUCGCAUAACUGAGAUGAACAAAAUGCAUGGCUUACAGUUGAGUCUCCCACCACCUACGCUUGGGAGCUAUGGAACCGUAAUACCAGGAUCUCUUAUUGGCAACAAUGGGAGUAAUAACCCGCCUGCACUCAAUAGGCUCAUUGAAAUGGAGUUGAUAGCUUCAGCGCACAAUCCUGGUCUCUACAGUUUGGAGCUUUACACAACUUUCUGGUGCAGAUGACUAAUUUCAUCUACAUUUGCCGUGUAUGGAUCAAACCUGUUCUAAACCCUUGUGUUUAUUGAGCAUGCCUGUGCUCUGGGGGAAGUGCUGAUUAUUCACUUUGUUGUUCUCACGGCCAUAUUACCACCUCAUAAAACUGAUAUCAGCUAUGUUUACUUGGAAGGGGAAUAUGAAAGACAAUGUCGCAUCCAAUGCUUAUAAAAGUUUGACUUGUAUUAGUCAUGUUAGUUGGGCAGCUUGAUGGAUAUUAAACUGACCUGAGAGAUAUGUCCGUAGAUCAGAAAGGUAACACCGCAUCAUUUAUGCUCUCAGCAUUCAUAGUGUAUAAUGUUCUAUCAGAAUGCUAGGAAAAAUCCUGAAUUGUUGAUUCUGUGCUGUUUGUUACUGCACCUGUAAUGGGAAAAUCCGGAGCUGUUUGCUCUGAUUCACCAAUGCGCCCCUUGCUUACAGUUGUGAAAUAUCAAUCUGUGAGUUAAUUUUCCCUUUUUGUUCACUCUGAUGACUUUUGGGAUUGUUGGUGUUAUGUUUCUGUUAUUCAUCUUGAUUGACUAGCUAGGGAUGCCAACAAAUGGUGGUGUGAUAGUCAUUAAAUACUGGCAUUUAUUUAUUUAUUUAUUUAUUUUUGCAACUGUUUAUUUGGAUUUUGAUGAUCACAUCAACAUGUCUGCUAUGCUUCCACCGCAUGCAUGCAUACAUACCUUUACAAAUUUAAGCCUUUUAUUUGUAGACCUUGUGAUUUUAAAGAAAUUUGAGUUUCAAUGUAAGAUUAGUGAGUAUUAUGGUGGUUUUAAUGUCAUGUGAUACAAUUUUUUGGACCAUUGAAUGAGAUGUCAGACUGGGAUUAUUGUUUUGAAAUUGUGGAGCUUCUAGAAAUUCUUCAAGAAAAACUGUCAUGCUGUUGGGUGCAAUUUGAAGCUCUUGCUGAGGUAUGUAUGUGAGAAUUUCUAAAUAUGUACAGUGUAUC